AUGUACGAGGACGCCUUUCGCAAUCAGCAUCUUGUGAACCGGAUCAUUGAUUCGCUAAUUCAUCGAUACUCCAUAGUGAAGCAGUUCAUCCGCAAUGUCCGUGCGGCCAAGACAAUCGCAGAUGAACGAGCGGUAAUACAGAAGGAGAGCGCCGCCAUCCGAGCCAGCUUUCGCGAGGAGAGCGCUGAUCACGGCAUCAGGCGCAACAAUGUUGCGAAGCUACUCUAUCUCUUUACCCUCGGCGAGAGAACACAUUUCGGACAAAUUGAAUGCCUCAAACUCCUUGCCUCCCCCCGAUUUGCGGACAAACGUCUCGGCCAUCUUGCAACAAGUCUGCUUCUUGACGAGAACCAGGAGGUCUUGACCCUGGUUGCCAGUGACCUCGGACAUCCCAACCAGUACAUCGUCGGCCUUGCCCUUUGCACCCUGGGAAAUAUUGCGUCUGUAGAGAUGUCCCGGGACCUAUUCCCCGAGAUAGAGACGCUCAUCUCCACUUCCAACCCGUAUAUUCGAAGGAAAGCUGCCUUGUGUGCGAUGCGCAUAUGCCGCAAAGUCCCAGACCUACAGGAGCACUUUCUUGAGAAGGCGGCCCAUCUCCUGGCAGACAGAAAUCAUGGAGUUCUCCUCUGCGGCUUGACACUUGUGACGGGCUUGUGUGAGGCAGAUGAAGAAGAAGGAGGCGAGGAAGGCGUCGUCGAAAAGUUCAGGCCGUUUGUCCCUGGCUUGGUGAAAACGCUCAAGGGCCUCUCGACAUCUGGCUACGCACCAGAACAUGACGUCACCGGCAUUUCUGAUCCCUUUCUCCAAGUCAAGAUCCUCCGACUCUUGCGUGUUCUUGCCGUGGGAGAUGCAGGGACUACAGAACUCAUCAACGACAUCUUGGCCCAGGUCGCAACAAACACGGACUCGACCAAGAAUGUCGGCAACUCUAUCCUGUACGAGGCAGUCUGCACAAUUCUAGACAUCGAGGCGGACUCUGGCUUGCGGGUGCUCGGUGUGAAUAUUCUGGGCAAGUUCCUCACCAACAGAGACAACAACAUUCGCUACGUGGCCCUAAACACGCUUAUCAAGGUUGUCGCCAUCGAGCCCAAUGCAGUACAGAGACACCGAAAUACGAUCCUGGAAUGUUUGAGGGAUCCGGAUAUUAGCAUUCGGAGGCGGGCGCUCGACCUCAGCUUCACUCUCAUCAACGAAGGCAACGUGCGCGUCCUCAUUCGUGAGCUCUUGGCCUUCUUGGAGGUGGCAGACAAUGAGUUCAAGCCCACGAUGACAAGCCAGAUUGGCAUUGCCGCUGAUAAGUUCGCACCUAACAAGCGUUGGCAUUUUGACACCAUGCUCCGUGUUCUGUCGCUCGCCGGAAACUAUGUCAAGGAACAGAUCCUGUCUUCAUUUGUUCGACUUGUCGCAACCACUCCAGAGCUUCAGACGUACGCUGUGCAGAAGCUAUACACAAAUCUCCAAAGGGACAUUACUCAGGAAAGCCUGACGCAGGCUGGUGCUUGGUGCGUCGGCGAAUAUGCAGACUUGCUUCUUCAAGGCGGGCAGUACGAGGGAGAGGAGCUCGUCAAGGAAGUUAGGGAGCGAGACAUCGCGGACCUGUUCGUGCUCAUAUUGGACAGCAGUUAUGCGACACAGGUGUCCACUGAGUACAUAGUCACGGCUCUCAUGAAGCUUAGCACUCGCUUUUCGGAUGCUGCCCAGGUAGAGAGGAUUCGUCACAUACUGCAGAAUCGGCAGAGCAGCCUCGACGUCGAGGUACAACAGCGGGCGGUCGAGUACAGCAACCUCUUCUCCUUUGACGAGAUCCGGCGUGGCGUACUCGAAAAGAUGCCUCCUCCACAGAUCAAGGAGUCCUCUCGGGUCUUAGGCCCAGCGCCGAGCAAGAAAGCCAAGGCAGGCAACAGGAAGCAGAAAGUUGCCAAGCCAAGCGAGCAAGAUCUUCUAGACAUCACGAACGCACCGGCUGUGACGGAUACGAACGGUUCCAAAGCAUCAAACUCGGAUCUUCUUGCGGACAUCCUGGGUGGGACAGGGGCGUCGCCCAUAGCAGCGUCCCAUUCCUCAUCUCAGCCGUCAAACGUGUCGUCUAUCAUGGAUCUUUUCGGCUUCGACGCCGGUCAAUCUACGUCCCAACCCGGUCUGGCCUCGACUGGCCCCGAAUCCAAGUCCAUGAGCGCAACUGGCUCGUCCCCGCCGUCGGCACCAGCCCCACCCGGGCUGCCUUGUUACGACUCCAACGGUUUAAAGGUGACACUUCAGGUUCAACGCAACGCUGAGGGCGUAGUGCAAGUAAUUGGGCAGUUCCGCAACAACUCUGGCGUGUCAUUGAGCCAGUGUGGACUUCAGGCGGCUGUGCCCAAAACGCAGAAGCUUCAACUUCUCAGCAUCUCAUCGACAGAGAUUGCGCCUGGUGCUGUCGCCACCCAAAUGAUGAGAGUAUCCGAUUGCAAAGGGCCCCUUCGGAUGCGCCUGAGAAUUGGAUAUCUUCAUCCAGAUGCCGGCCAAGUGAUGGAUCAGGUGAAUUGGACAGAGACGUGA